CCUCUAUUCGGUUCGUCCCAGGUCUCUCGUCUAGCUAGGUUGGAGAUUGGGCAUCAAGGAACGUUCCAGUACAUCUACCCAACCAAAACAACAAUCAUUUUCCAAGCCUAAAAGGAAGCUACGCACCGAUCAUUAAUGUUCAUUAGGAGUAGCCUACAAGGUUAGGACACAUACGAAAGAGAAAAUAAUGCCCAGAAUGGGUCUCCAAAAAGCUUCUCAGGCGAUUCUAUGAGCCACUGGUCCUAUUGCAUGUUCUCGAUCCUAAUGGUGAACAGAGAAUUCCUCGUGCCUGGGAAGAUGCAGACACUGUCCACAUGCAACUGCGCGAGUUAAGGCGGAAUUUCUUGAACCAGCUUGCCUACGUGUGUGAUGGCCUCUAACAGCGAAGUCUCUACGCUUACGACUUCAUUCCUUAGAGGAAUCCUAAAGACCCUCCAAGGUCUUGAUCUAACUCAGUCCGAGGAUCCAAUGAUAUUCACAGAAGCCGAGAUUUCUCAGAGGUGUAUCGAAUAUAGCAUUCGAAGAGUCAAGACAUACCACAACUUUAUGCAAAAGUACCUGCGGCAGUGUUUAGCAACUUUGAGAGGUUCCGAAGAUCCAGAAGAAGAAAUACUCAUCAGCUGGCUUGAAAGUUUCCAAGGCUUUGAGAAUAACCUGCCCGGCUUGUGCCAUUUUGCAUACCAGGAGAGAUCAUGCCAAUGUAUGAGAGCACUGCAGAGGCAUAUUGGAGAUAAUCAUACAUAUAUAGUUGAGGGAGAGUCUAGGAGACAGGCCUUUGUCUUGACCCGCCAUUACAUUGGGCGGCUCGGUUCCCAUGUGAGGGCAGCGAAGGUGUUGGUCGCGGCCGGUUUGAGAAUGCCAGACCUAUUUAAUAGCUUUGCUAUCCAAACACGACCUGCACCUAAGCCACCCUCACUACCACCUCCAACUGGCCACUUGACUACUUUAGAGGGGAUAUUAAAUCGGAUGCUUCCGCCAGGUUCAGAAAAAGCCCCGCUAUAUCAAGAAGCUCUUGCCACGCUGAACGCCAAAUUUAACAUCCAAACCCGCCUCCAGGACAAGUAUCAAGACAAACACUUCAGACCGAGAGUUCACGCUGAGCUAAAUCUGCUAGAAUACUUUCACGCAAAGCGACUACCGUUUGUCGACGAUGACCGCUUCAUCGGUUGCAGCAAGCCUGCGUGCUACUGCUGCUAUCACUACAUCAGCAACCACCCAGGAGGCUUUGUACGCCCUACUUCCCAUAGCAUUAGAUAUAUGAAUUGGCGGCCACCAGAUCUAAUCAAUAAUACGGACUCAAAAGAGAAAAUUCAACAACGAGAUGUUUUGAAUAAGGUCAUUGCUCAGAUCAGACUUGACACUUUGCGACAUAUCGAACGACAGAGAGGUCCAAGUAUGUGGCGGCCAGAUUCAACAACUGGGAUUACCUGCUCAGAGACCUACAACGGACCAGUAAACAAAACAGACACUAGCCAGUCUGAUAAUAUGGAUACCCUAAACCAUCCUAAACCUGGCCUUGCAACAACACAUACCUCUGCUAGAUCAAGUCCUCGGAUUUCCGCUUCAGAUAAGGGCGGAGAUGAGUUGGCAGACCAUAAUAGUUGCUCACAGGAGGAGCAAGAUUCGGAGUCAGAGGGUGGUGUGUUGUUGACUUAAUCAGAGACCACCGCCUAUAUGUGGAUUGAUGCGCGAAGUUCAAUGCCAGGGAAGACCCAGCUUAUGAAGGACCUACGCGAAAGUGCGUUGAAAUUAGUACAGCGUAGGCCAAAGAAGCGGUGGUCGCUAUCAGGUAGCUGAGGGAUGCAACCGGAUCAUUAUGAGGGCAUGAAAAUCGAUUACUUGCUGAAUGAAAACAUAAGGCAAAUGUUACGGAGAGUCCCGGAACGAACAAUGUCACAAGGACCAG